GACAAGGUAGGCUGUCAUUCUGCAAAUGCUGCUCAGAACAGGCUUUCCUCUGAAAAGCAGUGUCGUUCCUUUUCAGAAAGACGGGAUCUAAAUGUUGUCUCCCGGGAAGAGAAGCCUUCAGUAUGCUAAAUUACUUUCAUUAUGCAUUUUCAGAUGCUUAUUGACUCCACAGUAGGAAGAGUGAGAGACUGCUGCAGCCUCAAAGCAGCACUCCACGUUCCAUACAUUCAGGGUACUGCUGAAACAAUGGCACGGUUCAGAUACAGAUUUUCAUUAAGGUCAUUUGCCAGGAGACGUCAAUGACCCUCUUGCUCCAGUCCUCUACUAACAAGUGAACAACAUAAAUCCAUCAAAACUGGAAAUGCCUCAACUACAUCAAGAAUUGGUCAAAUUGUUAGCAGAGGGCCCAAAGCAGCUAAUUCAAUUACAACUGACAAUAUGAAGAAUGCAACUGACUGAGAAUCUCCCUAGCUCUCUGACCCACGAACUGCAAGAUAUCUUUACAGCACAUGAGCUUAAGAGAUGAAGGAGUUAAAACAGCUCUUACAUUACUGCUGGGAUAUAACAAGUCAACAGACUCCUAAGAAGAUGGUGUAAAAAAUAAAAUAGCCACUAGAAGAAAACAAUAUAACUCUAAAAGCUUGAAAACAAAAUGGUGAGCAUUUUUAAAGACGAAGUUUCUACUUUAACAAACCAGAAUUGUGGAAGCUACCAAUUCUUCAAGAAAACAAUGAAACAUAAAUCUCAAAAUGAGAACAACAUAAUUCACCAGCAAGCACAAUGAAGCUUUAGCAAGUGUUUUCUGCACUAAAUAUUCAGAUAUUCAUAUCAAUUGAUAUGACUAAUGGAUUUUUCCAUCUGAGCUUUAUGACCAAUUAUGUAUCCUCUUCUAAUGAGAACAAACCAAAUUAAAUAGCAGAUGGUUUUUAUCAAAAGAACAUGGACUGGAUUUAUAAUAUAGAGCAAAUUAUGUGAUCAAGAAAUCAUUUCAAAAUAAUGAGGACUGCUGUAGACACAGACUUUCAAUUGUUAUCAAAAGGAUGUCUAAAUGAAAUUUAGAAGCUAGCACUCUUAUGCUUCCUUUUCAGCUUCACAAAUUCUGGAAAAUAAAGAGACACUACCGACACUACCAUGUAUUCCCCUCAAAGGGAGAUGCAAUUCCUAUCAUUCAAUGAAGUUUCAUUUGGCUGUGACUUUUUAAGGCAAAACAAACAAUUAUUACAUACUGUUCUUUAGAAAUCCAUCAACCAACUACAACUCACGCGUCAUAUAGCUGAACUACUAGGGAGAAAAAUAAAAGAAGUCUUAUGAGACAUGAAAUAAAACACAGCCACUUCACUGUCAUCAAGAAAAAACUCAUGUCAAAAUCUGUCAAUGACAUCAUGUAUCAUUUUGUGAAAAACUGCCACAGUGAGCCAAAAGGCCCAUAAGGCAACAGCUAACAGGGGAAAAACCAACUGCUCCAAAAGAAUGUGUUUUCCUCCUGUUCUGGAAAUCAACAUGCAGUCUGAAUCUAACAUCACAGUGCGGGACGACACUGAUGACACUGACGCCAACAUGUACCAACCGCUGUCAUAUCCACUAAGCUUUCAAGUGUCUCUCACUGGAUUUCUCAUGCUAGAAAUUGUGUUGGGACUUGGCAGCAACCUUACCGUACUGGUACUUUACUGCAUGAAAUCCAACUUAAUCAACUCUGUCAGUAACAUUAUUACAAUGAAUCUUCAUGUACUUGAUGUAAUAAUUUGUGUGGGAUGUAUUCCUCUAACAAUAGUUAUCCUCCUGCUCUCACUGGAGAGUAACAGUGCUCUCAUCUGCUGUUUCCAUGAGGCUUGUGUUUCUUUUGCAAGUGUUUCAACAGCAAUCAACGUUUUUGCUAUCACUCUGGACAGAUACGACAUCUCUGUGAAACCUGCAAACCGAAUUCUGACAAUGGGAAGAGCUAUGAUGUUAAUGACAUCCAUUUGGAUUUUUUCCUUCUUCUCGUUCCUGAUUCCCUUUAUUGAGGUAAAUUUUUUCAGUCUUCAAAGUGGAAAUAUAUGGGAAAACAAGACACUUCUGUGUGUGAGUACAAAUGAAUACUACACUGAGCUGGGAAUGUAUUAUCACCUUCUAGUGCAGAUUCCAAUAUUCUUCUUCACAGUGAUAGUGAUGCUAAUCACAUACACCAAGAUACUGCAGGCCCUUAACAUUCGCAUAGGCACAAGAUUUUCAACAGGGCAGAAGAAGAAAGCAAGAAAGAAAAAGACGAUUUCUCUAACCACACAAGAGACUACAGACAUGUCACAAAGCAGUGGUGGGAGAAAUGUAGUCUUUGGUGUGAGAACUUCAGUUUCUGUGAUAAUCGCCCUCCGGCGAGCUGUGAAAAGACACCGCGAACGACGAGAAAGGCAGAAAAGAGUCUUCAGAAUGUCUUUAUUGAUUAUUUCCACUUUUCUUCUCUGUUGGACACCAAUUUCUGUUUUAAAUACCACCAUUUUGUGUUUAGGCCCAAGUGACCUUUUAGUAAAAUUAAGAUUAUGUUUUCUAGUCAUGGCUUAUGGAACAACUAUAUCUCACCCUCUAUUGUAUGCAUUCACUAGACAAAAAUUCCAAAAAGUCCUAAAGAGUAAAAUGAAAAAACGAGUUGUUUCCAUAGUGGAAGCUGAUCCCAUGCCCAAUAACGCUGUAAUACACAACUCAUGGAUAGAUCCUAAGAGAAACAAAAAGAUGGCAUAUGAAGACAGUGAAAUAAGAGAGAAGUGUUUGGUACCUCAGGUUGUAACAGACUAGGGAAGUCUAAGUUUCACCAAAUAUACAUUCAGAAGAGUUUUAAAUUUAAAUUGUAAAAUCUGAUUACUGCCAAAUGUAAGAACACAUUUUAAGUAUUGGUUACGUUGUAAAUUUUCAAUGUGAAUGUCAAUUAGAUUAGGUCAUAUAUAUUCAAUUUCUUCAUUACGUAAUAUAUUUGUUGCAUGGCAGUUUGUUAAAGCAAUAUUGUGUAUAUUUUGUCAAUAGUAUGUCCAUCAGAAGAUAAUUCAUGUAAGUCAUAUUUUCUAAAGAAUAAAUGCAUAGCCUUAAAAUAGUGUAUAACUUUAAAAUGUAAAGGUAUCAGCUUUUUAAAAAAAUACAAAGUGUAUUGUUUCUAAGCCACAAACUACAGAUAUAUUUAUAUGAUAACAGUUAACAUAAAAAAAAUUACUGGCUCAAAACAAUCAAAGGUUUUUCUGUACCAUUAUGUCACAUUUCCUGGUAAUAACUGAAGCAUCAAAAAUAAUCAGCUAUGUAUAAAAUUCCUUCUUUCUUUUGAAUGUAGAAAAUCAUAGACUGUAUUAGUAUUUGAAACCAUGAACCAAAAAGAAGAAGACAGGGAAGGAGUUGGGGGAGAAAAGGAAGAUAGGAAGGA